UAUCCUCGCUUGCAAGAGCGCCUUGCGUGUUGGCCCAGCAGAUGGCGGUGUGUGCUGCCUGACCACCCAAGAUGAGAGAGUGUGUGUGAAAGAGAGAGAAAGAAAGAAGAAGAGAAGAGAAUAGAAGGGAAAGAGGGAAAAGAGCAAACAAAAUGACAAGCAGAUCGACGAGCAAAAGUAAUAAAUAAAUACCCUUAAGAGUGAGGCGAUUGAUUGACUGUGACUGACUGACUGACUUUGACUCCAAGUACAGAGCAAUGAUGCCUGUUCAACCUGAUGCUCUGCCUGCUGCACAAAUAAAAAAAGAAAAUUAUAAAGGAAGGAACUCGCCGGAUUGGGAAGAGGCUGGGAUAGCUUCAAAAUUGGCAGUGCCAAUAAUAAUGCACAUCUCACCGGGUCAGCAAAUGCAUCACGAUUGGAUUGUCACCCUGCCAGGCGCUUGGAAGGAGUGGCACAGACUUUCCGACCCCCCAAACCCAAACAGCCAUUCAGCCGCAGAAUCAACUGGAUCAUCUUGCGCAGUCUGGAGAGAGCCAUCCCCGGUCACCGACAUUUGCCAACGUGCGUGUGUCUCACAUGUGCUGUCAGUGCAGUGCAGUGCAGUCACGGUUGGGGAUGGAGAGUUGAUUGGGGAAGUAAGUAGUAUUCAGAUGGAUGGAUGAUCAUCGAGAUGGAAUCAAAUGAAGGAAAGGGAAUGGUUACUAGUGAAGUGGUAGUCACUGGAUAGCAGGCAGCAGAAGCAAGCAGUGACACAUUUAGCAGGAGGAGUCAUACUGAAUCCUCAUCAACA